CCUUCUCAAAGCUUUCCGAAGUUCUCCGAAUGUUCCCGAUGUUUCCGGCGCUCGCCGCCAGUCGUGCCAGUUUUUCCGCCCUGUCCGCGUCUCUGUGCCGGGAUCUGCUUCCGUCCAUGACCGUCUCUGUCAUUACUGAGGCUUUAUUUACCGUCAGUGAACGCGUUUGUUCGGUUGUUCGGCGGAAAACUGAUCAACAACACAGAAACGAGAGGCGCUUUUGUUUGUGUAGAGAAACCGUGAACGCGCAGAACGGGCCGAGAAAACAGCAGCAGCAUCUUCAUCAUCCUCAUCUUCAGUGUGUGUUUGUGCUGGAAAUCUGAUGUGAGCAGAGCUUCAUCUGGAUCUGCAGGAGCAGGUUGUCUGUGUUCUUCAGUGUGAGGAAGAGAGAGAGCGAGAGACACAGACACACACAGUCUAUCUUUCUCUCUCUCUCUCUUUCUUCUCUCCAUCAUGUCGUCUCCGCUGGCAUCUCCUUCUCCAUGUCCUCCACCUCCUCCAUCUCUGCCGUCCUCCCCGACGCCCUCGUCUCCUGCCCCGUCCAGUCUGCCGCUGCCACCCGCUCUGCCGCCCACAGGAGAGGUGAUGAUCCUGGCUCUGGGCCGUAAGAAGCAGCGUCUGCUCAUCGCUCUCUCCGUCCUGCCCAAUCUGUUCCUGGCAUUCCUGCUGUCGUCCGACCCGCUGCUGACUCUGGCUUCUCCUUUCCGCUGUCGUCUGCCCGGCCCAGCGCCUGCUCUAAAGCUGACCAACUCUUCCAGACGGGUGCAGGAUCAGCCCGAGUGCAGGCAGUACAUCUUCAUUAACGGAACACAGACGGGCGUGAGGGACUGCGAUGCUGGAUUCAACUUCACUGUCACUGAAGGACUGGCCAAUAACAUCGUCACAGAGUGGGAUCUGGUGUGUUCGCGGUACUGGCUGGUUCCAGUAGAGGAGGUUUGCUUCAUUCUGGGGACCCUGACGGGCUGUCUGUGUCUGGGCUACACGUCUGACCGGCUGGGCAGACACCGGUCUCUGCUGGCGUCUCUCACCCUGGCUGUGGUGUUUGGAGUGUGUGUGUGUGUUUCUCCGUCACCGCCGCUCUUCAUCGCCAUGCGCUUCUGUCUGGCUGCUGCGAGCGCUGGAGUCUACCUCACACUCUACAUCACACGUCUGGAGCUGUGUGACCCGUCUCUGCGUCUGCUGGUCACCAUGCUGUCCGGUUUGACCAUGUUCUCCGGCGAGCUCCUGCUGCUGGCCGUGGCCCUCGGCUGCGGCUCCUGGAGGGGUCUGAUUGGGACCGGAGCCGCUCCACUCUCUCUGUUCCUCUGCUACGGGAUCCCGGGUGUGUUUCCAGAAUCGCCGCGAUGGCUUCUGCUUACAGAGAGAACUGGAGACGCAAACUCCUUCUGUGAGCGCAGCGACCGCCAGAGAGACGACGACAGCUUCACCGAGCUGGACAGUGAAUCGUCCUCGUCUCCUACACGUCCUCAUCUGUCCUUCCCGGAGCUGCUGCACAGCAGAAACAUCUGGAAGAACCUCUGCGUGCUGGGAUUUACAUCGUUCAUCUCUCAUGGCAUCAGUCACUGCUACAGCUCCUUCAGUGAUGAUGUUCGGGGAACUCCUCCGACCUUCUACUGGACGUACCUGCUGUCGGUGUGUGCUGGCGGCGGAGCCUGGCUGCUGCUGUGGGCGACAGUGGACCGCUGCGGCCGGAGGGGGAUCCUGCUGCUGGCCAUGACCCUCACAGGACUGGCCUCGCUCAUCCUGCUCGGACUCAUGGACUACCUGAGCGAUGGAGCCAUGAAGGUGUUCUCCAUAAUGGGUUUGUUCUCAUCUCAAGCGGCUGCUUCUCUCUCCAUUCUGUUCACGGCUGAAGUCAUGCCCACCGUCAUCAGAGGAAGUGGUGUUGGAGCCGUGAUGGCGCUGGGUUGCGUGGGUCGCCUCAGCUCUCCUCUUAUGGAUCUGCGUAACCACUAUGGCUACUUUCUGCACCAUGUGGUUUACUCGUCUCUCGCCCUGCUGGCCGUCCUCUCCAUCCUGCUCCUCCCAGAAAGCAAACGCAAACCCCUUCCACAGACUCUGGCGGAUGGAGAACAGUACCGGCGGCCACCACUAGUCCGACACCGGAGAGAUAACGUUCCUCUUCUGGCCACACCAAACCCAGAGACCUAGCCUUCGCACUUCACCUACUGGGGAUCCGCAGCCUCUUAGCCUUGUAUUAGUAGUCAUUCCUAACACGUGUCGGUGGAGUUGUCGCACAUGGACUCUAUCCUGAAGUGUGUGAGGAGUGUGAACGGUACAAAAACUGUACCAGAAACCAGCGGAAACGCGUCCAGAGUAUGCAGACGCUCCAACAUGUCAGCGUGCAGUGCUGCGAGUCAAGGGCAAACGCUCCAAUUCAACACUGAAGCCUGACCCGUGUAGCAUCCACUGACUGACAGUCCUAUUAAAGGGUUAGUUCACGCAAACAUGAAAAUUAGAAAUUAAUUCUCAACAUCACGGCAUCCCAGGUGUACAUUACAUUCUGCUUUCAGUCAAAUCUAAUUGAAGCUAUUUUAAAAAUCAUAUUUGGAUUAUAAUUUUUAUAUUAAAGUCUAAUAACACACAUCCAUCUAUAUUAAUAAAUGCCUCACGUGGCUCGGGUGUGUGAAAUAAGAUUUCCUUUAGUGAAACUAGGGCUGGGUGAUAUAGCCCGUUAAAAAGAAAAUAAAUCC